AUGGUCUUGCCCGGAACACCCUCCAACAGCGCCCUGAGACCGACUUCAUCCGAGACGGUCUACACCCUCAACGGCGCGGCCGGCUCCGCCUCGACUUCCUCUUUGUCCGACGGCGCUGCCGCUCUAGCUCCGGCCCCACUAGAUUCCACGCUCGCCUCCUCCGCCGUCGGUUCCGAGCUGCGUUCGUCCGUCUCCUUACCUGCAUCGGCCAUGAAUGAUGCCCAAGAUCGGGGUCGCUCGACGUCGCGCGACGCUGCAACGACCGUCACCCGGCCUUCACCCGGCGCCCGCGGCAAGUCCGACGUCACCGGCCGCGGCAACGCGACCGGCGGUGGUCCCAAAAUUCGUUUCGCCCCUUUGCCCGAGAUUCGACAGCGAAGCUAUAGCACCGGGCGCAACAUUUGGCUCGCCGACGGCGGGUCCGAUCCCGGGGAAGCGUCGAAGAGGGGCAUCGUCAUUCGUCGAGAUGGCGAUACGGGACCGCUCGACGACAGCGCGCUCGACGACGACGAUGAGGACUACAGCUCUUCCGACGACGAGAAGCCGAUCAAGACGAUGUUUGGCAGCUGGAAGACGGAUCUCACCUUCGGCGUCAUUCCUUCGUCCUCUUCUUCGGCCUCGAGGUCGGGCCAGGGCGACGAAUCGUCCUACUCCAAGCUGUUGCGCCCGCUUUCGUUCGGCAUGGUCGGUAAAAAGGAGAAGAAGAAGCGUUCCAAGCGACCGAAUUCUGUCGACGGUCGAUCGAGUUCCUUGUCGCGCACGUCCUCGAACGAUUCCGACGUCUCGAGGGGGACCUCGGUCGGCUCGUACGAUGGACGAGGCACAGGGAUCCCGAUGCGCAAAACGGCGACGUGGGAGUCCAGUGAUUCGAUCGGCGCCAGUCCAGCGAGGGAACCGAGAAGGGCCAACUACCCUCCCGUGGCGCAACGAUCGAGGAAUCGCGCUAGUCAGGCUUUACCGUUGUCGAUUUCGGCGCCCGAUUUCAACGAGUGGGGUACGGCGGGGAGCGUCGGAUCGUUCACGUCCAAGUUGGGCACGAGCGCUGCCGACGACGAUGAUGGUGGAGGCAUGGCUUGGAUCAAAAAGCGCCGAGCGCAACGAGAGGCCGAAGCCAAGCGGAAAGCCGAAGAGGAAGAAGCUGGGCGCAGGCGACUCGAGGACCAAGAGGUCGAGGAGGCGAUGAAUGGCUUGGAGGACGAGGGCGUAGAUGGACCUGAUUUGGCCGACACAAUGGAACUUGAUGAUGGCAGAGAGGACGGUUCGAUGGGCGUGGACACACCGACGGCUUCGACUCCGAGAAAGGCCUUGCAGCUGGGCAACAUCACAAGCCAUAUCGCCGCUUCCCAGAGGAGGGACGGUUCGUCGAGUGCGCUGUCGUCCGCGACCACUCCCGGGGUGUCGCAGAUGCCCAAGAUGGAGAACGGAACGUUUGAACCAGUUGUCGAGAUUUCCCCUUCCAGUGUCGAACGUUCCGGAUCCCCCGAGCCACUCGGUACUGCGACGAUCGUCCAACCUACCCCCGUGUCACCGACCACAGCCAAGAUGGCCGCCCUCUCGCUCCAAAACUCGGAUUCCGAGACUGAUGAUGAGGACGAGGACGACGAGGACGGCGAUUCUCAACGCGGCGACGACACCGAUUCGGAUUUGGACGAGGAAGAGUUGGCCAAGGAAGAGGCGUUGGUCGAAAAAGCUCGAGUGACGGCCAAGUCGGCCGGUGCGGAACGCUAUCAUUCGGCAUCGCAUCAAUCCGCCGUUCUGACGCCCCAUGCGCGAUCGGGAAGCAUCUCGAGCCACGUCUCGAGCGUCCCUGGUUCGAGAAUUCCAACGCCGAGUCGGCAAUCGACCUUGACCCAAGCUGAGGCGGGUGCGCUCUCCGGUGGGGGUGUCGUGACUGGCGGAUCUCGUGGGCUUGCGCCAAGUCGUCAAGCGACCAUUACCCAGGCCCACUUUGACGAGCUCGUUCAGCAAUGA